UAGGAAAGAAUUGUUGAAUAUAUAGCAAUCAAAUAUAUUCGUCAUAUGUUAAAUCUUUUCUAUAAAUAGUGAUGAUAUGGUAUUCCUACGAAACAUGUGGUUGCAUUGAUUCAGAAUUAUUACAUUAUCUGUAAUGGGAUUUAGUCUGUCGUUUACAUUGGAUUGUUUACCAUUAUUUGACCUCGUGCUCGAAUAAACAAGAAGAUAUCCCCAAGAGAGGCCCAAUAUUGUGGGUGGACCAGAGUCUACGCUACUGCGCUACAUCUUGGUAUGCAUAAAUAAUACCAGUCAAACAACACCGGGACAGAAACAUUGCAUUCGACGCCAUGCAAAGUAUCUGCGAGAUUCUCAAACCAGAAACGGCCGGUUGGCUGUAUUUUAAGGUAACCUUUGUGGAUUUAGAGGAUAAAUUGGAAAACAACAAAGAUCUGAUUUGCAAGUAUAAAAGUCCCAAUGAUUACAAAACGACGUGCGGUGACCGAAUUGUUCUUUAUGAAUCCGAUUCGAGGUCCGUCAUGGAUUAUAUCUUAUUCGAAUGGGCUCCAAUUGGCGAUACACAAACAGUGAUUUUUAAAAAGGAGUGUCUUCCUAAGAACAAGCAAGGUUAUUUUCAUUUUUGUUACCUAUCGCGUGAAAAUGAAAUUUUAGGAGUAAGCAAUUCGUUUCGAUUUGUUGAUGCUGAACAUCAUAGAUUCGGCGUUUGUAGCAAUCAUAAUGAUUUAAGGACGGGACAUAAUCGAGGAGGAUUAUGUCUGCCAGAAAGUAUGGCCGGAUUCCGUCGUUCUAUACAGAAUCGUUCGAGCAGUUGAAACAUAUGUUGAAGGAUAUGUGACUUUAACUGCAUAUAGCUCACAUAGUCCUUUUUGUAAAGAUAAACAAUGUCGCUAACCUAACCGACUGAGCUUAAGUGAGAAAUAUACUGACAAUGUUUGAAAAUUGAUGAAAAGUGAUAAUUUCCAUUUUGGAAGAUUUGACUACCAAAUCUCUUGUUUAUAAUUAUAUGUAAAUACUUAUUUUUUGUACAAUAAAAUAAUG